UGGCCGGCCGCCAGCGGCCAAGGUGCGAGCGGACCGCGGGGCUCGGGCGCGGAGCGGGGGCGCGCGGCGCGGAGCAGCCAGCCCAGCCCAGCCCAGCCCCGCGGGCAGAGAGGUGCCGGCGGGCGGCGGCGGCGGCGGCUUCCAGCCCGGCGGGUGCAGGGCCUCUGGCAGAGCUGCAGCGGAGCGGGGCCUCGGCCGCGCGUUCCGGGCGGUGCUCGCCAUGUCGGGCGGGCUCCCCAAGGCCUUGCCGUCCACGGGGCCCCACUCCCUGCGAGACAUGCCGCACCCGCUGGCCGGCUCCAGCAGCGAGGAGGCCGUGGGCGGCGACAGCACGCCCAGCCCGGACCUGCUGAUGGCCCGCAGCUUCGGCGACAAGGAUCUCAUUUUGCCCAACGGUGGAACGCCAGCAGGCACCUCGAGCCCAGCUUCUUCAUCUUCCCUUCUCAACAGACUUCAGCUUGAUGAUGACAUCGAUGGCGAGACCAGAGAUCUCUUUGUCACCGUUGAUGAUCCCAAGAAGCAUGUCUGUACAAUGGAGACCUAUAUCACUUACAGGAUCACCACCAAAAGUACUCGGGUGGAGUUUGACCUGCCGGAAUAUUCUGUCCGUCGAAGAUACCAGGAUUUUGACUGGUUGAGGAACAAACUGGAAGAAUCGCAGCCCACUCAUCUCAUUCCCCCGCUUCCCGAAAAGUUUGUGGUGAAAGGUGUUGUGGACCGUUUUUCGGAAGAGUUUGUGGAGACCAGAAGGAAAGCUUUGGAUAAAUUCCUAAAAAGAAUUACGGAUCAUCCUGUACUUUCUUUCAAUGAACACUUCAAUGUUUUUCUUACUGCUAAGGACCUGAAUGCCUACAAGAAGCAAGGGAUGGCGCUGCUGACCAGAGUGGGCGAGUCGGUCAAGCAUGUCGCCGGAGGCUACAAGCUGAGGAGUCGGCCUCUGGAGUUUGCAGCCAUCGGCGAAUACUUGGACACUUUUGCACUCAAACUGGGAACCAUAGAUCGGAUAGCCCAGCGGAUCAUCAAAGAAGAAAUAGAGUACCUUGUGGAGCUCAGAGAAUAUGGGCCCGUGUACUCCACGUGGAGCGCGCUAGAGGGGGAGCUGGCUGAACCCCUGGAGGGCGUGUCAGCGUGCAUCGGCAACUGCUCCACAGCCUUGGAAGAGCUGACAGAUGACAUGACAGAAGACUUUCUGCCUGUGCUCAGGGAAUAUAUUUUAUACUCUGACUCCAUGAAGAGCGUGUUGAAGAAGAGGGACCAAGUGCAAGCGGAGUACGAAGCCAAACUGGAAGCCGUGGCUCUGAGAAAGGAGGACCGCCCCAAGGUGCCCGCGGACGUUGAGAAAUGUCAGGAUCGGAUGGAGUGCUUCAAUGCUGACCUGAAAGCCGACAUGGAGAGGUGGCAGAACAACAAGAGGCAGGACUUCCGGCAGCUGCUCAUGGGAAUGGCUGACAAGAACAUCCAAUAUUAUGAGAAGUGCCUCAUGGCGUGGGAGUCGAUUAUUCCACUUCUGCAGGAGAAGCAAGAGGCCAAGUGAGUUCCUUCUGGGGACAGAGGCUCUCCUACCUACACAGGGCACAGCACGCCGUCCCGGAUGUCCCUGCUGUGCCAGAGAGCGGGCGCUGAGCAAGCAACCACAGAAGCAUCUCUCCCCGUGUAUUUCUCUCCCUCCCCACCUGCCUUUGUCUGACAUUGUUUUCACUUAGAAUUUACUCCCUGGCGGAGGUGUAAGGCUAUAAUCAUCUCUCAGCAAAAGCAGCAGACCUCCGUGCUGUGAAGGAACCUAUGACAUGGAACACUACGAAGAUUCGAAAGCGAGGGACCGGAUAUCCUCAGUUGACCCUCUGACAUCUUGUCACAGUUUCCUGUUCUGGGACAGCGGAGCUGCCUGUUGCGGAAGGGAACCCGGGCCCCGCUUUUCAGGGAUGUGAGGAAGGCACAAACAGGAGGCCAUUCUUGCUUCCCGUGGACACACAGCAGCUCUGGACUGACCUCUGUGGGCAAUGACAUGUCCCAGCCUGGCAGGAGGUGUUGGCACCUCCGUGGAAGGUCCUUAAUGUACAGUGGCCUGAAGCCGUGUGUGGCCUGCUCCCUGCUCGUGAUGAGUGGUGCCUGUUUGAUGGUUCCUGGUUCCCGUGGGGCCAUUGAAAUCAGUGUCUGAAUGCAUCCGAACUAGAGCCAGCCAGCCAGCGUCCUUGUCCUUACGCGAUGCCUCGGGGAGCUGGAGGACAGGGCUCCCCAAACUUUUUUCUGACACUAGAAUGCGGAAGAUUGGAAACUGUUUUUGUGUAAAAUGAAAAAAGGUGCAUUUUUCCUCUGUGA